AAAAAAAUUCUCUAUCCUCCCUUGCUUCCUUGCUCCUCGCCGGCAUGGGCAGCUUGCUCAACUUCACCGGCAUGGGGUAGCUUGCUCCCCACCGGCGCUGACAGCAGAGGAGGAGAGGGAGCUGGAGCUGGCGCACAGGCGGCUGCUGGCGAGCGGUGCGCGGAGCCGUGGAGUACGACAUCCCGCUGCUGGUGGACGCGGAGUAUGCGACCGUGCAGCCGGCGAUCGACUACUUCACGUUCGUCGGCGCGAGGGCGUUCAACGGCGAGGGCGCUCCAUCAUCCACGAAACCAUCCAGGCCUACCUCCGCGACGCCCACGACCAGCUGGAGGUGAUGGCGCGCGCGGCGAACGGCGAGCGCGUGUGCCUCGCGCUCAAGGUGUUCCGCGGCGUGUACCUUGCCAGGGAGCCCUGCCUCGCGACGUCCCUCUGCGUGUCCUCGCUGAUCCACUCUAGCAUCCAGGACACCCACGACUGCUACAACGGCCGUGCCACGUUCCUCCUCGACCAUGUCCGGCGAGGGGCUGCCGCCGUGACGCUUGCCACGCACAACGUCGAUUCCAGGCAGCUCGCGGCGGCGAGGGCGCGGGAGCUGGGGAUCGGCAGAGGUGACCGCGGCCUGCAGUUCGCGCGGCUCACGGGCAUGGCGGACGGGCUGUCCCUCGAUCGGGCUCCGCAACACCGGGUUCCAGGUGAGCAAGUACUAGCUGUACGGCCUGUGGAACACAUAAUCCCCUACCUCAUUAGACGAGCCAAGGAGAACAUGGGUUUGCUCUCGUCUUCCUCCUUCGACAAGCAGCUGCUCCGGAAGGAGUUGGUCAGGAGGUUCAAGGUUGCAAUGCUGGGAUGUGAGUGAAGUGAUGCUGCUGGGACUGGCAUGCAGUCCGCUGGUGGCUCGCCGGCGCGACGCUGAGAUGGGGGCCUCCGCCCAGACGGUGGCGAUGGCGAUGGAGAGGAGGGAAGAGGAGUUUUUAUUUUUAUUUUUUAUUUAACUUACAGGUAGGUUCUAUAAGCGGACUAGUAUGCCAAGUAAAUGAAAUCAUUCCCGUAUAUUGCUUGGGGAUCUCUUUCGCAUGGUUUUUAUGAGCUGGUGGUCUAACAAUUAGUUGAGGGACAAUUUUAAAACUCGGUGUCAAGAUGAGUGACCUAAUUCCAAAUCAAUUUUUUGUGGCCCAUUAAAUUUUGACCGGAGGAAUUGUCAUGGUUGUUUUUCUAUGGGAAUUACUCUGUAAGAGCAGGUACAAUAUCAGGUUACGAGACAACUAUAAACAUAUUUUAAACAGAUAAGAGAGAAGAGAA